AUGGCUGCUCAAAGGACUCCUGACAUCACUCUUUACACUGCGCAGACCCCGAACGGUAUCAAGAUUUCCAUUGCGCUGGAAGAAUUAGGCCUCCCCUACAAGGUCAAAAAACUCGAAUUCAGUAAAAAUGAGCAGAAAGAACCCUGGUUUCUCGAAAUUAACCCCAACGGCCGUAUUCCCGCCAUAACUGAUACCUUUACCGACGGCAAAACGAUCAAUAUCUUUGAGUCGGGUAGUAUCUUGCAAUACCUGGCAGACAACUAUGAUCCCGAGUAUAAGAUUUCGUAUCCUCGUGGAUCGCGAGAAUAUUAUGAAGUUGGCAAUUGGCUCUUUUUCAUGAACGCUGGGGUUGGGCCUAUGCAAGGGAAGCGAUACACUUGA